UCCGCGUCAGUUUUAAAUCUUGGACCUGAGCCACCACAAUAAUAUCACACAUUUGAGGGUGAGCUAUUUUGAAAAGUUAAAAUAAAAAAACAUUGGGACACAAACUCAAUACGACAUUCAGCUGUUUUGUUUCCUGAGAAAUGGAUCGUUUUCAUCAUUUUUCGCGAUUCAUGAAAACCAGGUGCAGACCAUCAUCUUCAUCAUCAUCAUCGUUACAAUUUUGUAUCAAGUUUCCCUUAAGGUGUGUUUAGUGAGUCAGUGUCAGUGAUGGAGGGAGAUUCUGUCACUUUAUUCACUGAUCUUACUGAAAUACAUGAAGAUGAUGACAUAGUGUGGACCUUUGGAUCCAAUAAGUCUCUGAUAGCUGAAAUCAGGAGAGCUGCUGGAGUCUACUCCACAUUUGAUGUUCCUGACGAGAGAUUCAGAGACAGACUGAAGCUGGACAAACAGACUGGAUCUCUGAUAAUCACAAACAUCACAACUCAACACACUGGAGAAUAUCAACUAGAGCUACGUGGAGCAAUACUAUCAUCACAAACAUAUCAUGUUUCUGUCUAUGCUCGUCUGUCUGUUCCUGUCAUCAGCAGUAACUCUUCACACUGUUCUUCAUCAUCAUCAUCAAAGCAGAAUUGUUCAUUGUUGUGUUCAGUGGUGAAUGUGGGUCAUGUGACUCUCUCCUGGUACAAAGGAAACAGUUUAUUGUCCAGCAUCAGUGUGUCUGAUCUCAGCAUCAGUCUCUCUCUACCUCUGGAGGUGGAAUAUCAGGAGAAAAACAGCUACAGCUGUGUGAUCAACAAUCCCAUCAGAAACCAGACCACACAUCUGGACAUCAGCAAACUCUGUCACACAUGUUCAGACUCUGUCCACUGUUGUGGUUUUACUGAAACUGUGAUCCGAUUGGUCCUCUCUGCUCUGGUGGGCGUGGCUUCAGCAGCUGUUCUGGUUUAUGACAUCAGAUCCACAAGAGGACGAAGGAUCUGAGGAUCCUCAAAUUCAAUUUUUUUCUUUACAUUUGUUAUGCGUUUUACUUUUUUAAUAUUAAUUUAUUAAUUCAUUCUUCAUUUAUAAUAAUGUAUUUAAUCAUAUAAUUUACAUUCAACAUUCUAGUAAUUUAUAUUCUUAUUUCAUAGAUUAAUUUAUGGAUUAGUCAUUUAUAUUAUUUAUAUUAUAUUGUUUUGCCAUUGUUUAGUCUUGACUAUGUGUUUCAAGGACUGUCUUCACGAAUAAGAGAUAUGAGGAAUGUUUUGGUAUAUAACAAUACUUUUUGAAUUUGUGCUGCUCAGACGAAGUCUAAGCAUUGAAACAUACACAGCUAAGACUGUUCAAUAAACUCUUCUUCUUUUA